AGAGCAGGUGCCGGAAGUGGAUCCCGGCGCGGCGAAGGGGCGCUGCAGCCGCGCCGCUCCCAGCCUGCUCCGGUCCUUUCCGGGGUCGUCUGUGCCCGGAAGAUGUUGCCUUUGUCCAUCAAGGACGAUGAGUACAAACCGCCCAAGUUCAACCUGCUCAGCAAGGUCUCGGGCUGGUUCAGGUCCAUCCUGUCCGACAAGACCUCGCGGAACCUGUUCUUCUUCCUCUGCCUCAACCUCUCCUUCGCUUUCGUGGAGCUGCUCUACGGCAUCUGGAGUAACAGUUUAGGUCUAAUAUCAGAUUCCUUUCAUAUGUUCUUUGACUGUACUGCUCUACUGGCCGGAUUAGCAGCUUCUGUCAUUUCAAAGUGGAGAUCAAAUGAUGCUUUCUCAUAUGGGUAUGUUCGAGCAGAAGUACUGGCUGGUUUUGUAAAUGGUCUGUUUCUGAUCUUCACAGCAUUCUUCAUUUUCUCUGAAGGCGUUGAGAGAGCAUUGGAGCCUCCAGAUGUGCAUCAUGAGAGACUUCUUCCUGUGUCUAUAUUAGGAUUCCUUGUGAAUCUUAUAGGAAUAUUUGUUUUUCAACAUGGAGGUCAUGGACACUCACAUGGCUCUGGGCAUGAGCACAGUCAUUCUCUAUUUAAUGGUGUUCUCAGCCAUGGACACAGUCACGGAGGUCACGGUCACAGCCAUGAAUCCAAACAUGGCCAUGGGCAUUCUCAUGAUCACAGUCAUCGGAAGGGACACUCGCACAAUCAGGAUUAUUGUCAUGAUGAUCACACUCUUGAAGGAGCUGCAGGAUCCAACAGACAGAUUUUAGAAGGUGUAUUUUUACACAUUGUCGCAGACACUCUUGGAAGUGUUGGUGUAAUCAUAUCAGCUAUACUGAUGCAGAACUAUGGUCUAAUGAUAGCAGAUCCUAUCUGUUCAAUGCUCAUAGCUCUACUUAUAGGAAUAAGUGUUGUUCCACUUUUAAGAGAGUCCAUUGGAAUCUUAAUGCAGCGAACGCCACCUUCCCUGGAAAGUGCCCUGCCUCAGUGCUAUCAGAGGGUUCAGCAGUUGCAAGGAGUUUACAGUUUACAUGAUCCACACUUCUGGACCCUUUGUAGUGACGUUUACAUAGGGACCUUGAAACUAUUUGUAGCUCCUGAUGCUGACGCCAAGUGGAUUCUAAGCCAAACUCACAAUAUUUUUACUCAGGCAGGAGUCAGACAGCUUUAUGUACAGAUUGACUUUGCAGCCAUGUAGUGAACAUCAUAAAUUGAGUUCUUUGGACCAAAGUUUUCUGGUACUGUAAUGGUAUAAAACAUUGUACUCUUCAAGACAGAGCCACCGCCACCCCAGUUAACCAAGACCAAAUAGACUGCUGCCUUUUGGCUACUUCUAGAGUUCAUGUUUAAGGAGUAAAAACUGAAAGGAUAUGUCCUGGACUUCUGGUCUUGUCUUUUGUGGCCCCCAAACUUUUUUCUUUUUUUUUUUUCAUUUUUUCAUAUUUUUUUUUAACUUACUACAAUUGUUCCAACAGGAAACUAAGAUUGUGGGACUGCAAUUCCUGUCAUGUCUUUAAUGAAGGGCUUGUCCAAACAAAAAUUAGUUCAUAGCAAGCUGGGGAGUGAAUCUACUCUGCGCUAGCCUGCUGCAGACUAACUGCCCAUGCAGGGCCGGCUCCAGCAUUUCUGCCGCCCCAAGCAAAAAAAACAAAAACAAAACCGCGAUCGGCGGCGGCAGUUCAGCGGCAGUUCAGCGGCAGGUCCUUUGCUCCUAGAGGGAGUGAGGGACCUGCCGCCCCUCUCCCUUGGUCGCCCCAAGCACCUGCUUGUUAAGCUGGUGCCUGGAGCCGGCCCUGUGCCCAUGUGGCCCCUGUCUUUAUGUAUUAGCGGUUUGUUAGUGCGCUUUGAUCUAGUCCUGUUCUAAAGAGGACUAGAUCUAAGCAUAUAUCAGCAGGGUCCACAUCGACAGUUAGGCUUUUAGCAAGCUAGCACUGAGUAGAUUCACACCCCAGCUUGCUGCAAACUAAAUGUUCACAUAAACAAGCCUGAAAGCUGCUCAUUCCCACAAAACCAGUGUUAUCAAAAAUUGGAGAGCGGUCUUGUACAUAAUGUCACAGUGGGUGGCAUUCUUCAUUAUAAUCGUAUGUUUGUAAAAUUGUUUGUACUUUGCAAACUUAAUGAACCAAACCAUAUUGGGUUUUCAAAGUGCCUUUAUAUCAGAAAAAGUAUUUGCCAGCAUCAACAUGGAACAUGAAGGGUUUUUAUUACUUUUAUGGCUACAGCUUGUUCACAAUCUUAUUCUUGCUAGUGAUGUAUGUGACUGUGUACUUGCAUAAUUGUAGAUUUUAGACUCCCUUUUACUGUUGCAUCUUAUCAAAUGAACUGGAGUUAAAUUUGUUUAAUUUACAUUACAAGUUAAAACUGUUGUGGGGAAACUUGCUUUCAAAACAUCUGUCUAUUUGCUAUAUAUAUAUUGUCCUAAGAGUUGUUUUAACCGAAUUAAACAUUCAACCCUGGGUCUAAGUCUAUGAAUGAAAGUUUCUCAAUACUGUUAUAGUAAUUGGAAAUUGUAUUGCAAUAACCAUGUUCAUAAAGUCACCAUGCAAAAGAGAAAGGCAGUUGCAGCAUAAUGAUAGUAAUGGAAGAGCUGUUUUGCUUUUAUCUUUCAAAUAUGGACUUAAUCUUUUUUCUGUCGAAGCUUUGCUGUGAAAAUUAGUCUACUAGGUUUUAAUAGACUAUUAAAGAGGUUGGAAGUA